CUCUGCUCCCCUGCAGCCCCUGUCUAGCUGGCCAUGCGCAUGCGUAAACCCUGCAGCCCCGGAGUGGUGAUUUGCUCUGGAACUGAUGUUGGAGGGUCAUUCUCAGACAGUUCUGCAGGGCUGCAAUAAAUCACCCUGCAUAUUCCCACUCCUCCCUCCCUCUGUCUGUCUCCCUCCCUCCCUCUCUCUCUCUCUCCUUCCUUCCUCCCAUCAGCUUGCCACCUCUCACUUUGCAGCCUCUUCUCUCCCUGCUUUCCCAACCCAAACCCCCCACCCUGUCCCCUACACUCACCCUAGAACACUGGGCAUGAGAUAUGCAGCCCCCCUUUACCCUGCUCCUUCCUGACAGCACCACUUCCCUUUAUCUCUGCACUCUGAGGGGGUUCAGCUGUGCCAGGGAAUAACCCCCACCCCUUUAUUCCACAUCCUGUCACCCCCAUUAAUUCCUCCAUUCUCCACAUCAGGACUAUAGGAUUUGUCUGAAAAAGGGGGUGCACAUUACCCCACUGGAUCUAAAACAAGAAGAACUCAAGAGCCCUCCGCUAGACAGGGAUCCAGACUGCUCUCUUUUUGGGGGGCUGGGGGGAGGCAAGUUGUAUCCUUUUUCAGGAAUCCUGCAAUUAGACAAAAAAGGAAAGGAAUGCCAUUCUCAGGAUGAAUCCUGCUGGAAAAGCCUGACAUUUUGGAAACAUCAAAGAAGAAAGAAUAAUCGUCUCUAAGAGAAUUUCAACCUGCAGAAGCUGCUGUGAGGGCUCCCUGCGGCCAUGCACUCCCUGGAUGAACCCCUGGAUCUGAAGCUCAGUAUUUCCAAGCUGCGGGCAGCGAGGGAGAAACGCGAGCGAAGUGGCGCUAACGCCAGGAAACGAUCUGUGCACCAUGAGCUGAUGAUCCGGGAUGAUGGCACUACAGUUAUCACUCCCAUUUGCUCCUCACCCCCACCAGGGUUUCGGUAUCGGGAUGGAGACAGCCCCCCCUUUUCCUCUAUUCCCAUUGUGGAUCUCAGCCUCUCCCCACCUUCUGGGACUGACUCGCCCAGCCGUUCAUCGUUGUCCCCAGAAAGAGCUGCAGGAGGAGACACUCCAGUUGACAACCCAUUGCUUCGCUGCGGAGGGGAUUCCGUUUCCAGCCCUUUUCAGUUCUUUUUGCCUAUCAGCUCCGGACUUCAGCUGCCCCCUUCCAUGUUCAUGUCCCCCCCAAAAGAGAAGCGGCUUUCCCUGGAGUACACGGAGCAGAAACAGCUGGUGUGUCAAUGGGCGAAGUGCAAUCGCCUCUUCGAGCUCCUGCAGGAAUUGGUGGACCAUGUUAAUGAUUUCCAUGUCAAGCCAGAGAAGGAUUCUGGGUACUGCUGCCUGUGGGAAGGCUGUGCUCGUCGGGGGCGAGGUUUUAAUGCCAGGUAUAAGAUGCUGAUCCACAUUCGUACCCACACUAAUGAGAGACCACAUUGCUGCCCCACCUGCCACAAAAGCUUCUCACGGUUGGAAAAUCUCAAGAUCCACAAUCGAUCCCACACAGGUGAAAAACCCUACAUGUGUCCUUACGAGGGCUGCAACAAGCGUUACUCCAACUCGAGUGACCGAUUCAAGCAUACGCGCACGCAUUACGUGGACAAGCCCUAUUACUGCAAGAUGCCAGGGUGCCAGAAACGCUACACGGAUCCAAGCUCCUUGCGCAAGCAUAUUAAGGCUCACGGUCACUUCAUCUCCCACCAGCAGCGCCAGCUGCUUAAAAUCCACCAGCCACCAAAACUGCUAGUUACAGGUGACAGCAGCUACGCCAAUGGCACACAGCUUAUCAUUCCUAACCCGGCAGCCAUUUUUGGCAGCCAGUCGCUACCCAUUCCUCUGACUCCUGGGCCUCUGGACCUGAGCUCUCUAGCAUGCAGUGGCAUGGCGUCAGCUCUAGCCGGUCUCCCCAAUCCUAUGCUGACACUUGCAGGGUCUCCUCUGAACCUGGCAAAAGGGUCUCUUCUUUCACAGGCCUACUCUGCUGCAGGCCUCGGCCUACCUCUGGUCUCCUUGGUAACAUCAGGGAAAGUUGAAAAUGGAAAGCGCCCUAAGGGUCAGAGAAGAGACAACAGUGAAAGAACUGAGGGGUCAAACUUGAGCCCUGACCCAAGCGAAGGUCUCUCUCUGCUGCCUGGAGGUGUGUUAGAUCUCUCUCCCGGACUGGGAUCAGAACCUCUGCUGCCAGGAUGGGUGGUCAUUCCUCCAGGAUCUGUAUUACUGAAACCAGCCGUGGUCAAUUAAAGUCGUACCCCCUGAAACUGUCCACCUGUCCCCUAUGCCCCCAAAUCUGCCGCUGACAGGAACGCACAGGCCGGUUGGGCACGGGGCCACUCCCUUCAAGACGAGGCAUUUCACAGAGACAAACCCUGGACUGUGAUAUUUGCAGAUUUUUUUUGCCACAAUCUAAGCUACAUGGAACAUUAGCAAAGCACCGUGUUAGAUUCUGGCAGUGGAAACUUUGGAUUUUGAUCUUAUUUUUUUUUUUUUUCUAAAUUGCAUUCACUUUUGAAUGGAUUUUCUCUCUUUUGGGACCAAAUAAAAAACCCAAUUUGAAUGGCAAUUCCUUUGAAAAACAAGGAAGCAUUGACAUUCCUGCAGGACACUUGUGCAGAGGGAAGGAGUAAGUUGGUCUAUGACAGGAGCACUAUUGUUCGGUGAUGCUGUACGGCCCCGGUGAUGCUACUCUUCUUGACCUCUGCAGACCUGGUUUGUAGAAACUCACGAGUGAAGGAGUAAAAAUCCCUUCUGAGAAAAGCAAUAAUGCGGGAGAUGCUUGGACAGAGGUGAAUUUGACAAGAGGGAAUGGAGGACAACUUGUCUGGGGACCUUCUCUGAUUCUCUCACGCGCUCAAGCCUUUUCCCCAUUCCAGUGCAAAACCAGUUUGUUGGUUUGUACAAGGCAUCCACUUGAGUAUACCCCAUUUCAUUCCCUCCCUCUCGCGUUCCCAUGAAUCACUCACACUACCCUCAUUUCUCUAGACUUGUUCCACUCAUGCAUUUUAGUUUACAAAUGUAUUCUUUCAUUCGUUUACACUCCAGAUAUGCCGCCCUGCGUGUACUGCCAUCAACCCACUGCUUUGCUUGCUCCUCCGUUCCAUUUCUGCUUUCUCUGAGUCCUCCUCUCUUGCUCGCUCCUUUCUGUCUCUUUAGACCUUCUUACCCAUCCUCAUUAUUGGUCCGUACCAUUAGUUUUGCAUUUCCCACACAGUCCUUCAGUCUCACCUCUUUUAAUCAUGCUCAGCCCUUACACAUACCUUCUUACUUGAUGGUUCCUAAGUCUUCUACUCUUGCUUACAUUGUGUUAUUAUGCUUCUUCUACCACCCACUGGCUAUCUCCCAAAACACUUGUCUUAUUAUUUGUCUGCAUACAUUUAGUUUUGUCUCUCUAAUUUCUUCUGCCUGACCCUCAGUUCUCACCUACUUUUAUCAUGCUCAGUGUCUACAUGCUAAGGGUUCCACUCCUCUUCUCCAUAUACAUAUGCACUCUCUCUUUCUCCUACUCAUUUCUUGGUUAUUUUCACCUCCAUUCUCUUUUUUUGCCAUUUAUUUUACCUAGAACUCUACCAUAUACCAUUCUGUUGUACCACUCUACCCCCAUCCUACAUACACUAUUGCCAUUACUUGCUCUGUCUGCUCUACUCCAUGCAAGCUUCUUGUUACCCUAGCUAAAUGUAUCUGUUCUCUUACACUUGUUCUAUUCUUUCUUUCUACAUGAAUCUAGAAAGUUGUGCCACCAUAUUUUUCUUGUUUCUAUUCUUGUUCUGUAUGUUUCUCUGCUGUGUGUUCUAGAAUGCUCUACUCAAUUUCUGCAUCUCCCUCUUACUAAAUUCUCAUGGCUUGUCUUCUUUUUUCCUUUGUUAAGCUUCCUUGUACUCAUCUGCUCUAGAACCUUCUUUCUGUCACCUCCUCCACUUUACAUGAUCCCUCUUUCUACUGAUGACCGACCCAUCCUCCCGCUCUCUGGAUCCCCAAUGACAACGCAUUCAGGAGCAGUGAAUGCCGCUUUUCAUCACUUUACUGGAGAGCAAACAGAAAUGUUGCUUUCCUUUUUUUUUUUUU